GAUACAACCCAUUUGUCUGCCUGGCCACCUCCUCCCGCCCCGGGAACGGCCGCGCUUGGGUGCACGGAGCUCUCCCCGGCGGGAUGAAAGUCUCCGGAUAAAAAAUUAGCCGCAGGUCGCAGCAUUCCUUCCUCCGGGCCAAACUCGCCUCGCCGCCACUGAGGAGCUGAGCUGCGAUGCCUGGCCGGUGAUGCAAGGCUCGAUUUUUCCAGCACGGUUUUCCCUCGGGCUCCAGGCGCUCCCGCCGGUGCAGCUCCGGGUGCUUCGGGUGUGGAGCUCCGCCAGCCUCCACCCGCUCGGGAUCCGGCCCUGGAAGCUCUGGAGUUGCAGGCACAGUUGGAGCAGGGCUUUCUUGGUGUCCCAUCUGUGCCCCCCACUCCCGCCUCCGCCGACCCCCGGCUCCUCGCCCCGAGGAAGGGUGUGCGUUCCGUGCAUCUCCCAUCCACCGAAAUCUAUGAUCAGCUCGGUGUGUGUCUCCUCCUACCGUGGACGCAAGUCUGGGAACAAACCACCCUCCAAAACAUGCCUGAAGGAAGAGAUGGGCAAAGGGGAAGAGUCGGACAAGAUCACCAUCAACGUAGGGGGCACCCGGCAUGAGACCUACAAGAGCACCCUGCGGACUUUGCCGGGCACCCGCCUGGCCUGGCUCGCCGACCCCGACGCCCAGAGCAACUUUGACUUUGACGGGAAGAGCAACGAGUUCUUUUUCGACCGCCACCCCGGGAUCUUCUCCUACGUGCUCAACUACUACCGCACGGGGAAGCUGCACUGCCCCGCGGACAUCUGCGGGCCCCUCUUCGAGGAGGAGCUCACCUACUGGGGCAUCGACGAGACCGACGUGGAGCCCUGCUGCUGGAUGACCUACCGGCAGCACCGCGACGCCGAGGAGGCCCUGGACAUCUUCGAGAGCCCCGAGCCCGGCGGAGGGGCUGCUGGAGAGGAGCCUGAAGAGGAAGGGGGUAGGGAGAUGGCCUUGCAGCGCCUGGGCAUGGAUGACAGGCCCCCCGGGGCGGCGGGGGCCGCUGGAGGGGGUGGCUGCUGUCGGAAUUGGCAGCCCAAGAUGUGGGCGCUCUUUGAGGAUCCCUACUCGUCCAAGGCGGCCAGGGUCGUUGCUUUUGCCUCGCUCUUCUUCAUCCUGGUCUCCAUCACGACCUUCUGCCUGGAGACGCACGAGGCCUUCAACAUCGACGUCAACGUGACGGAGACCCUGGUGGUCGGCAACACCACGACGGUGCUGCUGACGCACAAGGUGGAGACGGAGCCCAUCCUCACCUACAUCGAGGGCGUCUGCGUCCUGUGGUUCACCCUCGAGUUCCUGGUUCGCAUCAUCUGCUGCCCAGACAAGCUCCUCUUCGUCAAAAACCUGCUCAACAUCAUUGACUUUGUGGCCAUCCUGCCCUUCUACCUGGAGGUGGGUCUCAGCGGCCUGUCCUCCAAAGCCGCCCGGGACGUGCUGGGCUUCCUGCGGGUGGUUCGCUUCGUCCGGAUCCUCCGGAUCUUCAAGCUGACGCGGCACUUUGUGGGUCUCCGGGUGCUGGGCCACACCCUCCGCGCCAGCACCAACGAGUUCCUGCUCCUCAUCAUCUUCCUGGCCUUGGGGGUGUUGAUUUUCGCCACCAUGAUCUACUACGCCGAGCGCAUCGGGGCCAAGACGUCCGACCCCACCGGGAGCGACCACACCCACUUUAAGAACAUCCCCAUCGGGUUCUGGUGGGCCGUGGUCACCAUGACGACCCUGGGCUACGGUGACAUGUACCCCAAGACCUGGUCGGGGAUGGUGGUGGGGGCUCUGUGUGCCCUGGCCGGGGUGCUCACCAUCGCCAUGCCCGUGCCCGUCAUCGUCAAUAACUUUGGGAUGUACUAUUCCUUGGCCAUGGCCAAGCAGAAGCUGCCAAAGAAGAAGAAAAAGCAUAUACCCCGUCCAGCCCCUCUGGACUCCCCCACCUAUGGCAAAUCCGAGGAAAACUCCCCCCGGAACAGCACCCAGAGCGACACCUGCCCGUUGGCAGUAGAGGAGGGGGCGACCGAGCGGAAACGAUCAGACUCCAAGCAGAACGGGGAGGCCAACGUGGUGCUGUCGGACGAGGAGCAGCCGCUGUCGCCGACGGACGAGGGGAAACGGCCCGUGCGCCGCUCCAGCACCCGGGACAAGAACAAGAAAUCCUCCACGUGCUUCCUGCUGGCCACGGGGGACUUCUCCUGUGCGGCUGAUGGAGGCAUCCAGAAAGGCUAUGGAAAAUCCCGGAGCCUGAGCAGCAUAGCUGGCGUGGCAGGAUCCCCGGGGGGCUUGGCCCCGCUCCCGUCCCGCUGCAGCUCUCCCUGUGCUCUGCAGAGCCCCCGCUCUCCCGUCCCCUCCAUCCUCUAAAACACCUCCCGGACCCUGCUCUGUGUCGUGUCGCUCCGUCCCCCCUUCCCAACAACUCCGUGUCUCCAGUUUCCAGGCGAGUUCCGACAUCUCCACCCCCGAGCAGCUGGUUCUGACCCUCUCCAGCCCCCCCUGCACUGCUCGGCAGGAGCUGUAGCGUCUCCACUGACCUUGUCUCGUGUUCAGGACACACCCCUGGAGUGGGGUUGGGGUGAUUUCCCCCCCCUCAAAACAUUAUUAAUCCCAAAUAAACCACGGGUCGACCCCUGUGAUUCCCUCUGGUGUCGAGCCCUCCCUCCCGUGGGCCGGUUGCACUUGGGCUAAAGGGUGGUGGAAACACAAGAAGGACAUGUUGACUUAUAAAAUUAUAUCUCAUUGUGCUGGAAAUGGCUGAGUUCAUAUAAUUUUAGGUUCUGUUUUGUUGUUUUUCUUUUUCUUUUUUUUUUUUUUAUUUAAAAACCAGCCUCAAGUUUCCGGAGGCAACAGAUGAAUAAACCUCUAUUCCCUGCCCAGCAGUGGUUCCCCUCUCAUUUUGUGCCUUUUUCUGCCUAAAUCACACUUGUUCUUUCCCAGAUUGUGUCUGAUUCUCCAUCCGGCCUCAGGGACGGGCCUUGGAAA